AUGUUCAAGCUCUCGGAGCUGGUGCGCUGGCUGGGGCUCACCGAGUUCGAGAUCCUGGUCAACCUAUGCGGCCUGCUGGUGUUCACCAUCACGCUGGCCGUCAAGCUGCACCUGCAGGCCAAUGCCGGACCCGGCGGACCCAGCAUGCUGCCGGAGGCCAUGGGCGACUGGUUCACCGUCUUCAGCCCCCUGUUCUUCAUCGACAUCUGCAACGCCUACUUCUGCGUCAUCGUGGGCAUCCGCAUGUACCUGGACUCGAACAACAAGCGCAAGGCCCUGCACCGCUUCAUGUGGAGCACCUACUUCCUGGUGCUGAUAGCCAUCUUCAAGUACCUGCUCUGCCUGAAGCUCUCCAGCAAGACGGGUCUCGAGUACUCGGAGGUCUUCUCGCCGAUCUUCGUCCUGCUGCAGCUCGUGGCGGUGCGGGCGUGCCAGUUGCCCAACUCCAUCUGAACCAUCUAAGCCCUAGUAUGAUAUGAUACGAUACAUACCCAUCCGUAUAUUCUGUCUGCUCUGAUAUGGACAAAAUGUGUUUGAUAUCUUUUAUUCUUAAGGGUGUAUAUGUGUACACAAUGUGGAAACAAAAAUGUUUUUGAACUGAAAAAAUCUAAGAAGUUCAACCCAAUAUCUGAAGCCUAGUAUAUGCUAUAUGUUAUUUGAACCUUAAGAAAUCUUGAAAUAUGGCAUAGCAAUAAUUCAUAUGCAUAUUCAAUAUAUACAUAAAUAUACAGUUA